AUGCCAGUUACCCGAUCACAGAAGGAGUACAAACCAGCCGAUGUGACAUCACCUACGAGCGCUGCCACGAGUGCCACGCACGACACCACGUCAGGGACUACGGUUACCACAGAGGCCGAGAAGACGACGGUGUCCACGGAAGCCACAACAGCGAGCCAGCCAGGUCACACCAUGACCCUGGUACCCGAGGGUUCUACCCGGCGAGCUGGAACAGCUGCGAGGUCUCGAGCCAGCACAAACAGGCGGAGACUCGAGGCCAAAGAAGAGUUGGCACGAUUUGAGCUCGAAGAAAUACAGGCAAGGGCACGCCUCGAGCUUGAACAAAUACAGGCAAGAGCACGCCUUGAAAUUGAAGAAAUGCAGGCAAGAGCGCGCCUGUUACGAAUCCGUUUAGAAAUAACGGAAGAAGAUGAAGAAGACUCUAUUGCCGAAAAUGAAGAAGCCUUCCAGGAACGAGACCGCAACAUCCGGAGCUGGAUGGAAGCUGCUGCCGCCGAGCCACCACUGCUACCUGGAGCCGCUGCCGAGGAGCCUGCAACUGCUGGACCUGCUACUGCGGGAAUGGCCGCUGCUGGAGCUGUUGCCAUCGGGCCUACCACUGCUAUUGCUGCCGGACCUGCCGCUGCUGCUGCAGCCGGUACCGUUGGUCCUGCGGCCGUGAAGAAAGAAGCAUCAGCCGAGGUUCAACUCAUCGCAGAGGCGCUACGAGAAGCAUUGUCUCACAACGCGACGAUGACUACGCAGCCGAGAUAUAUUCAGGAGCUUCCAGUCUUUGAAGGAGAUAGCACCGAAUGGACGGCAUUUCAGGUCGUAUAUGAUAAUACAGCUUCUCUAUUUUCACCAGUUCACAAUAUGGCAAGACUUCGGAAUGCGAUCAAAGGGGAAGCCAGGGAAAGUUGCAAGAGUCUUCUAUACUCCAGUAUGAAGCCCGAAGAUGUUAUGGAAGCACUACGUCGGCGCUACGGGCGGCCCGACCUACUAGUGAUGGCUGAAGUGAAGAAAUUGGAGAGCAUACCUCCGAUUGGGCAUAGCCCGAGGGAGCUCUGUAACUUCGCCAACAGUAUCAGCAAUAGUGUCGCGGCGAUCAAGAGUUUGAACAGACCCCAGUUCCUGCAUGCACCAGCGGCAGUGAACUCAAUAGUUGAGAAGAUACCACACGGCUUGAGGUAUCGGUGGUAUGAAUAUGCAUCGACGUAUCCAGAGGAAGCAAAGUAUAAUGUGGAAUUGGUGAGUGCUUUUCUCAAUUUAGAAGCAGAUAGGUGUAGCGCGUUUGCAGGAGCUGUGGAGCAUAAGCCGCAACAUCCGGGCGCGACUGCGAGAAAACCACAGAGAUACACCACGAACAACGAGACGCGGGUCGCCGAAACCAUGAAAUGUCCAAGGUGCGAGGGCAACCACCGAUUACCUGAAUGUCCUACAUUUUUGAAAAUGAGCGUCAGUGACAGAUGGGAUGCCGUAAAGAAGGUGAAGGUAUGCUUUAAAUGUCUGUCAUUAAAACACCGCAAGGAAAAUUGUAGGAAGCCGCCAUGUAAGACAUGUAAGAGAUGGCAUCAUGAUUUGUUGCAUGUAUUUAAAGAAAUAGAACAAUCCGCAGAAUCCGUCAACACAAUGAGAAAUUCCAGAGCACUGCUUAAGAUGAUCCAGGUCGAAGUAUGUGGGCCCAAAGGCAACAAGAAGGUAAUGGCUUUGCUGGACGAAGGCUCAACGGUGACACUUCUGCACGAGAAGAUCGCAGACGCGAUCGGAGCCAGGGGAUCUCAGGAAGAACUGACCGUCGAUACAGUGGGCGGUGGGCAAUUACAACAUCAGAAGUCCAUGAAGAUUGACCUGGAACUGCGAGGUAUUAAACAACAUAGCAGAGGUAAGCUCAAAGAAGUACGGACUGUGAAGGAAUUGAACCUGACGCCUCAACACCUUGACAAAAGACGUUUGAAGAGAUACAAGCAUCUAUCUAAAAUCAUUGAUGAUGUAUAUUACGAGGCGGAGAAACCUAUGCUACUUAUCGGUCAGGAUAAUUGGGAGUACAUAGUGUCCUUACAGGUGCGCAGGGGGAAAAGAGGACAGCCGGUCGCGUCCAGAACUAGACUCGGCUGGGUCCUGCACGGCAACGACAGCAACCACAUGUCCCCAGGAAAUUAUGUGAACACUUGCGCUCACCUGAACACCGUCGAGGAAGAGCUUGAUCACCUGGUAAAGGAGCACUUCACGAUAGAAUCUCUUGGAAUACAUCCGAAAAGACCAAGUACGGAUAUGGAAGAGCAAGCCACAAGGAUACUGCAUGAAACUAGUAGGCGUUUAGAAAAUGGAAGAUUUGAGGUUGGUCUCCUGUGGAAGCAAGACAACAUGCAAUUGCCAAACAACUACGAAACUGCUUUGAACAGGUUCAAGGGGAUUGAAAAGAAACUGCGUAAAGACAGUGUAAUGAAAAAGGAGUACAGUUCGCAGAUAGAAAAUUUGCUGCACUGCCAGUAUGCUGAAGAGGCGCCUGCUGACUGUAAUUCAUCGAAGAAAUGGUUCCUGCCACAUUUUGCUGUUCAACAUCCCCUGAAGAAGAAGUUGAGGAUCGUCUUCGACGCGGCGGCGAAGACAGCUGGAUGUAGCCUUAAUGACGCACUGCUACCCGGCCCAGAUCUACUCCAGUCAUUGUUUGGAGUGUUGCUGCGUUUCAGGGAGGGUCCAGUUGCAAUAGCAGCAGACAUCAAAGAAAUGUUCCUACAGGUGAAGAUUAGAGAAGAGGACCGAGAUAGUCUACGAUUCCUGUGGCGGGACAAUGAGAAGGCCCCAGUGAAAGAAUAUAGAAUGACUUCAGUAAUAUUCGGAGCCGCUUCUUUACCGUGUACAGCAAUUUAUGUAAAGAAUAAGAACGCACAAGAAUAUCAAGAGGAAUUUCCCGAAGCAGCGCGGGCAAUAGAAAGAAAUCAUUACAUGGAUGAUUAUCUCCAGAGUUUUCACAGCAUAGAGGACUGCAAGCGAGUUAGCCGUGAAGUGGACGCUGUACAUAAGAAGGCGUGCUUCGAGCUACGUGGUUGGGCGUCGAAUAAAAUUGAAACAAUAAAUUCCGAGGGCGCUGAAGAAGUAGAUCUAGGCGACAGCGAGGAAAAGACCCUAGGUUUACGAUGGUUAACGCGUAGCGACGAAAUUGCAUUUAGGAAUCAAUUCAGAAGAAUUCCUGAUGAAGUAGCAAGUGGUGUGAAGACCCCGACGAAAAGAGAAGUCACCGGAGCGGUUAUGUCCACCUUCGACCCGUUGGGUCUUAUUUCACCCAUCCUCAUUCAAGGAAAGAAGCUGAUCCAGCACGUUUGGCGGAGCGGCAACAGAUGGGUCGAGAAGAACACACAAAAGGACUUCACCCGAUACAAGACGCAAUUGGAAGACAAAAGAAGAUUGAAGACAUCCGGUUGGCUCGGUGCAUAUCACCAACAUGCACCGAAGGGGAGCUUUACACAUUCACGGACGCCAGUGAGACAGCCUACACCGCAGUGGUUAUGGGGAACGAGCCACACAAGCAGACAAGGCAGAAGAAGAGGCGCAGACUUACUUCGUCAUCGGAAGGUCUCGUGGAGCGGCGCUGAUUGGCAGCUUCGCGGAAAUGAAAAGGGUUGGCAAAGACAGUUGGAAGAUGGUGCAACUACUGGCACAGCACUUAUGGAGAAGAUGGCUGCGGAAGAAUAUGAACAAGGCGCCGGGCGACAACCUGAGGUGGAAGGCGCGGUCCUCAUUGCCGACCGCACUCUCCCUCAAUGCAAAUGGCCACGAGGGCAGAGACGGAUCCAGAACCCGACGGAAGAACACGAGUCAUCGACAAGACAACGCGAGGCGAGACAUCAACCGUCAUCGCGCAUCGUGCUCCUGGUUCCCGCCACCGAGUCGCCGCCCAGAAGUAUGCACAUACCAAUGAACCAAACGCCAUCCGUGAAGCAGCCGCAGUCGAUACUGAAGGACCCUUCGCGGCACAAAUACGGCUACGGCAGCCCGAUCUCAUCCAGCACGCCCCAGAAUACAAGUCAAAUCCUCACCGUGCAAAAUCUCACCUCUGACGUACCGCAGUACGGGACAAUUAAAAAAGAAAAGAAACAAAACGUCACUAUCGACGAAUCGUACAACAAGCGCAGUGAAACGCACGUAGUGUAA